GUUUUUCUCCCCUUUUUGAAAGAGGUUUACGUAAGCUACUCCCCGCCUACGAGGUGACGUCAUGGGGCGUGUCCACACAGAGGACAGAGGGGACUCCACAAUGGGAGACAGUUUUCACGAGCAGCUGACGGAGGACAGCGCCUUCCUCAAAACUGAGCGCAGACUGGACACGGAGCUGGUGGACAAAGUGAUCCUGCAGCUGAACCGAAUCUACCCACAGAUCCUCUCAGACAAGGAGGCCACAAAAUUCAGAAACUUGGACGUGCCCACAAGCGUCCGACUCGGUGAGCUUCUGGCGCAUCUGCAGGGGAAAGGAGAGGAAGCAUGCCGAGAGUUUUACAGAGCUCUUCACUUGCAUGUGGAGGAGGUAUACUACAGCUUGCCCACACGGCUCCGCCUCAGAGAUUCCUUAGAUCCACUGGCAUAUCCACGUAUCUACCAACAGAGAUAUGUUCUGAACGACAGAGGUCCCCUCUUCUUUAUGGGCUGUUUCAGCGUUGCCGUGGGAAUGGCUUUACUCUAUUACUACAGUGAGGCCAAAGUGACAGGAGGUAGCCGGACUCUCGGGACGGCUGCUCUGGGUUUGAAAAGAAAAGCACAGGAGGUUCUCAUAUGGUACACUGAAGAAAGACUCAUGAAGUGAGGGAGUAAGUCCUUCACAGCCAGGCACUUCAGCAGAACUGCUCUUAGAAAUGCCACUUGUACCAAAGCACAGCACCGUAUAUCUUUUCGGGAGUUGAAUACUCAGUUUGUACACAGGUUUACUGCAUAUAGUUUUUUUGCGUGUUAUCUACAUUUCUGGCUGUAGAGAAGUUUAGAUAUGGGGUAAAUUCAGAUCUGCAUUUGGCACUUAGCUCUUAUUUCCUCAUGUGUUGAUAUCUAUUUAAGUGGAUUAAAGGAACUGCAUGCACUUGAAGGAUGAACACAAUGUAGACAAAAAAAAGCUAAUUAAGCAAGUUUGACAACACUUUUUAAAAUUAACAAAAAAGGCAGAAUUUGAAGAAUAUAAAGAAAUAUCAUUGCUCUUGAUAUUUGUGUAAUGUUUCCUGUUACACAUACAUUUGUAUACAAAUAUGACAAAACCGCUUUUACAAACCAAUUGAAAAAGGACACAUUGACCGCACUAGUGAUAAAAUAUGGCAUUUAAAAUAAAUUAAGUAUUAACAAUUGCAGGUACAUUAUUUGCCAUGCAGGAUCUAUUUCUAAGAAAAAGAAUAGCCUUCAUCUCAUCAGUACAUUUUGCCGGUAUAUAUUUAUUGUCCUUGAAUGCAGAAAGCAACAACCUGCAUUGUGUGAUCUUUCUUACACUUUGAUAAUUAAGAAUUAUACUUCCUUCUCUGCUCAGUUACUCCUGAUGUCAAGCAUCGUAAAAUUAAUUGUAAUGCUCUCUCCAAAUUGAGUCAGAAACAAAUAUUACUGUCAACUGGAUGUAUAAAGACAAGGAACUGUCACGAGCUCUUGAUAGAACAUGGCUGCCCUCUUGUGGCCAAACGUGAACCACUUCACCAAACUGCACAAAUGUGCUGGUUUGUGGUUUCAAAAGGGAUUCUCGAAAGUCUCCUUCUCACGUAUAUAACAAAAUAAAGAUUAGUCAUAUGAAUAACAGCCAGAAAAAAAUCGAGCUGUCUACAGAGAAUAAUACUUUAGGCGAAAGUUGCAGUCAUGUGAUUGCUUCUACCAAUGAUAGCCUGCUCUACUAGUGCAGUGCAUUAUGGGUAGAGUUACGACCCAAACAAAAAGAUACACUUGUCAAAUAAAGACGUGUAAAACGUAAGCGUAGCCACAACCAACACGUGUAAAGGGAAACAUUUAAUAGUUGUGUUUAAUAUAUAUAUUCUUAUUAUUAUUAUUAUUUUUACAACCCGGAGAGUACACCAUAAGUAAAACCAAGCUGCCUAGCUCAUUGUAUAUAAGCUUGCCAGUGGCCAUGUUUGAGGUGUGUUGUAUGAAAGGAGAGAAGGUUAGCACUCCCCUUGACAAGGAUGGAAUUGGCCCUAGUGGCCAUCAACACACAUACGGUUAAGGCACUGCCACCUACUUCGUGGCAUCUCUAACCACAUUUUUUGAUGGUACAUCCUUGACUUUCUUUAAACAACGCCCUGCUAUCUCUGUAGUUCGUAUUUCCUGAUCGUAGCGCACGUCAUCUGUUCUCCCCAAAUACCGGAAGUAUGCUUGAGUGAUUUCCCGUGUCUGGGACGGGCAGGAUGACAACUUUAAUUUAAAUGUUUGACCUGUAGUAUUUAGCGCAGUGCUGAAUGUACGGAGGAUUACCCAAACAUCGACCCUCCAUCUGCAGCUGAUCUCAGAGUACCACACGCACUACAUUUAAAUGUUUAUGAAUGAAUUCCGUCAUCCUCGUUUUUUUCUUCUUAUUUCUGUGCAUUUUGCCCCUUGUUUAUUGAUAACUUGUUUUUUUUUAAUACAAAGUCUGGCAGAAAAGGAAUUUACCCCUAAAAGCCAGAUACAACUUGAUGGUAUUUAUCAGACUCUAUAAACACUUUCUUUGAAAUGAAUAACAUAAAGAAGGGUCUCUACAAAUACAUUAACUGUUAUGAUGGUGCUUUAUUAAACUGUUUUUCUUUAUGGUUUUAUGUAUGGUUCAGGAUAUCAAAAGCCAAUACAAGAAACACCUAAACAGAUUUUUUCAACUUACAUGGCUAUGUUUUUAUUUGAAUUUUAUAAAGAAAUGUUGGCAAUUGAUUUCUGAUGCUUGUCAAUUAAUCUAUACUCUGAAAUCUAUAUUGAAACCAGUGCCUGACAGUUUGUCACAUUCUCUGUGGUGUAAAAAUGCCUUAAAUUUGCAAGUGCCAUUAUUUGUGGAACUGAGACAUUUCUCUUUGUAUAAUACAAACAAUGCAUGCUAAGAAUAAAAAGGACAAACACAUCUUA